AUGGCGAAGUCCAGGCUGGAAAUUAAUUUUGUUCUAUUAUUGUCUCAAUGUGAGGCUAUGGCUUCUGAAAAGAGGGAGAAGGGGGAGUGGAGGCUGGAGAAGUUUGUCUGUGCCUUGGAAGAAAUGCUUGAUUCAAUAAAGAAAGACAACAGAAAGCCUGCUCCAGAACUUCUGGUUGAAUAUUCUAGAAAAGUGGACUUUUUGAAAGGAUUGUUAGAAGCUGAAAAACUGCUGAUAUAUCUUAGAUCUGGUUUAUGGAUCCUGGACAGGAAUCACCCUCCAGGACCUUGUACGGCAGAAGCUGAUCUGGUCCAGGCUUCCACUGCCUUCUUGGUCAUCAAGAAUCCAAAAAAAAGGCACUUUAAUAUUUCCACUGUUCAUUGCAGUGUUGUGAGAAGAGGCUCUGUCUCAGAUGACAAGCAGUCUGCAGCUGAGCUUGAUGCAGUGCUGCAACAUCAUCAUAAUCUACAAGAGAAACUGGCUGAAGAAAUGCUACGCCUGAACCAAAACCUGAAGAACAAUACUCUGGCAGCACAGAAGGUUAUUAAACAGGAUAACCAGACACUAUCUCAGUCUCUCAAGUUGGUUGACCAUAACUUUGAAAAGCUAAAGACAGAAUCAGACCGCCUGGAGCAGCAUGCCAAGAAGUCUGUCAACUGGAUUCUUUGGAUUAUGCUCAUCUUUGUCUGCUUCGCUUUUAUUAGCAUGAUUCUUUUUAUCAGAAUAUUUCCCAGGUUGCGGUGACAGUUAAAGCUAAGCAGCAUUUAUAGUACUUAGCUCAGGACUGACACAAGCAAGAGCUGAUACAGUAAUGUCCAUAAGGAAAUUGCAUUGCAUUUAUCAUUGCAGCUUUACCAGUGAGCAGACCACUGUGGGUUCUUAGGGAUCGCUUUUCAUAGUGGAAAGUGGAAUUGCAGAGAGUGUGCCACACCAGCCUGAUGGUCUCCUAAAAUCUGGACAUCUGCUUUCAGAUGGCAGUUAUACAGGUGGGCCAUACAGGGAUUCUCAUUGUCAACAACGGCAAGUAAUAACAAUAUAUCCCUGCAUAUUUUUGCUGGCACAUUUCUAGGAAAAUAAAAACCGCGUGAGGUUACCUUCAAAUUCUGGAAGCUUCUCCUUAGGUUCUUUAUUUUACAAACUUUCCAUUUCUGCCUUGUUUAAUUUAUUCCAGAAUUAACUUUGUUAAUUUGAUAUCAGGUCCAAGAAUUGGAUCCUCUGUUAUGGGCUACUCUUACGAAUUUCAUAGAAACCUUGGUAUUUAGUAAAUAAAAUGCAACUCUUUAAUAUAUACUUUGCACAAAUGCAAAGUAUAUAUUAAAGAUAUACUUUGCAACUCCUUAGAAAAUGUGUUGGCAGCCAGACAUUAGAUCUUUGGGCAGAUAAACAGUGCCGGAUUUACAUAGUGGGCGCCCCUAGGCCCACUGCCGUUCGUCGCCCCAGUCCCCUCCCCUUUUAUCAUCUGGACCAGAGCAAUGGGGAUUGGCGCAUGGGAAAUUUAGGCCCAGGCCUAGGUGGCCUUUCCACAAAUCUGGGCCUGCGGAUAAAAGCCAACUUUACAGUACUCGCUGCCAUUUUCAUAGUGCCUGGCAGUUUUAAUGCAUGUGAGGAGAAACACCCAGAGUGUGAAUAUUGAAACUCCACAUGCUUUAUUUAUCUUCCUGAUAUGUCCACAAUGUUCACGUAGGUAUCACAGUUGGCAUGUACAUACCAUUUACAGGAGUAGCCACCUUUACUUGCCUGUGCAAAGGGGCUCCUUUUUAAAUUGCAGAAUCCUUCCAUGGGGUUAUAAAAUGCCAUUGAAACAGAAAGUAAAUGUACAUUUUAAUAAAGUAUAAGUCAUAUCAGA